AUGGAUCAAGCCAGAGAGGCCGCGCAGAUGAGAACAGUGGGAGGAGAGCGCGCGCUGCAGCAUCUUCGUGCCCCUUUUGAACGACGGAUGACUCGCUCUGGCAGCGGACUCAUCGCAUGCACAGAUAGGAGAGAGAACGCAGGGGAGACACAUGGGGCAUCGGAGGAUGACGAAGUGACAUUUGUUAGAGCUGUCAACCACGGAAUAGUGGAGAUCUCCCCGGUCCGCUGCAGGUGUAGCCCAGAGGGAAGCCCCCACAAGGAACGAGCUCCAAUGGAUACGUGCCGUGACGAGUCUCUCGGGAAACCACCUUCCAGACAGACCGACGAGGAGAAGGAAAUCGCUGAGUCAGUUCCGCCAAAGGCCUCUUCCCCUGCUGAUGCAGCUUCGUGUCCGUCUCUUUCGCGUUCAGAGGGCGUGGCUCUCAUGUUCUGCAGCAACGUCAGGCACAUUGAGUUGGUCUUCGGGGAGCGGCAAGGCGACAUUGAGUUUUUCUACCGGCGGCGUCGCAUCUCCGCCGUCUGGGUACAAGGUUUCAUUGUCAGCGUCGAGGAGAGGGCUGGGCUGUUCUCCGUAGAUGAUGGAACUAAGGUGCUCGAGGGGACAUUCGACGUCUUUUCGCCGUCCGCGAGCCCUUACAGCCGGCUGGGAAGGUCCGACUCACAAACGCAUUUAGGUUGCGACGCGCCGGAAGUGGUCGUUGUUGACGACGACGAAGAAAGCCCCGGUCGUGACGACGAAACUGCAAGUCUCCCAGCGGAGGGAGAAAACCAAGGAGUUCAGGCUUCGGAGGAGACCUCUCCGGCGCGCCAGGCGGGGGCCGCCGAAGGGGCAAGGAACCGAAGGAGCGAGUGGAGAACGCAAAACGAGUGCCACGACGCAGCAGACUGCGUGCAGGAGUCCAGGGGAGGGUCCCAGUUUCUCAGGCCGAUGAGACGGCCUUCGCUACGAGGGACUCUCGGGCAGCUGAAAAAGGCGCAGCGUGAGGGGACGUACACGUCUCUGCUGCUCCAGCUUGUCCCGCUCAUGGUGGACGCCGAGGUCAUUCUUUCUUUUCAUCUGCUGCGGAUAUCGGACUGUCCGGGGCGAUGCGGAAACGCAGAGGCGGAGUGGUUAACGCAUGUCCUCAGAUGGCGCUUGUCUCUGUCCCAACGGUGUGCACCCACAGCCGGCUGA